AUGGCUGUGACUCUUCAACAUUAUAGCUUUCUGUUGCUUUCGUUUUCAUGGAUGUUGAUGAUCAUCGGAAGACCGAGAAUAGUAGCAGGUUACUUUCAGCCUAGUCAAUGGACACCAGCCAAUGCCACAUUUUAUGGUGACGAGAGUGCUUCUGCCACAAUGGGAGGAGCAUGUGGGUAUGGGAAUUUGUUCAUAAACGGUUAUGGGAAAGACACAGCAGCUUUGAGUUCUACACUGUUCAACAAUGGAUAUGCAUGUGGGACUUGUUAUCAGAUACAGUGUGUCCAAUCGAGUGCAUGCUACUCCAACGUACCUUACACGACUGUGACUGCCACCAAUAUCUGUCCACCUAAUUGGGCCGAGGACUCUAACAACGGAGGGUGGUGCAACCCACCACGUAGCCAUUUUGACAUGUCCAAGCCCGCUUUCAUGAAAAUUGCACAGUGGGAAGCUGGAAUCGUUCCUGUUAUGUACCGCAGGGUACCUUGCGAGAGGAGUGGGGGGCUACGAUUCUCUUUCCAGGGAAAUGGGUAUUGGUUAUUGGUGUACGUGAUGAAUGUGGGAGGAGGAGGAGACAUUGGCAACAUGUGGGUGAAAGGAAGUGGAACUGGGUGGAUCAGCAUGAGCCACAAUUGGGGUGCUUCUUACCAAGCAUUUGCAACUUUGAGUGGGCAAUCUCUUUCGUUUAAGGCUAUUUCCUACACCACCCAAGAGACUAUAAUAGCUUGGAAUGUUGCUCCCACCAACUGGGGUGCAGGACUAACUUAUUCCUCCGAUGUCAACUUCAGCUAA